AUGGCCAUGAAUAUUAUGUCAAGCAGCCACGUGCUCGGUGCCGUAGGAGACGUCGUGGCGCAGCGGGAGAGGGACCUUUUCGAAGAGCUCGUACUGGCGCUCAAGGAAGGCCUUGGUCCAUCGUCUGGCCUGACGUCCGAGGAUGUCGACGUUGACUCCUUGAUGGAGAUGAUGCGAGCGUAUGACAGCGGCGAUAUGCAAUGGUCCAAGUAUGCAUUCGGCGACGCCAGUAGAGGCUACACUCGUAACCUUGUUGACGAGGGGAAUGGUAAGAGCAAUCUGCUCGUACUUGUUUGGUCUCCAGGAAAGGGAAGCCCCAUCCACGACCACGGAAACGCGCACUGCCUCAUGAAGAUACUGCGUGGAGAUCUCACUGAGACCCGCUAUGCCUUCCCCAACGACGACGAGCCCGAGGGACAAAUGACCGUCAUCUCCGAAAAGACAUACAGAGAGAACCAAGUGACGUACAUGGCCGACGACCUUGGUCUCCAUAGAGUAUCCAACCGUGGUAGCGACUUCGCUGUGUCCCUACACCUAUAUACCCCUCCCAACGUCGCUAAGAAGGGCUGUCACAUCUUUGACGAAAAGACUGGCCGGCGAAGCCAUGUGCCUGGCUGCACGUACUUUUCAGCCUAUGGCCGCGUAUUGAAAGAGUAG